AUGGAUAGUCUUCGAGUGGUUCACUGGAACGCGGACUCCUUGAAGGGAAAGGUGGGCCUUUUACGCCUCUUCCUCAAAGAGCAGAGGGUCGACGUCAUGCUGAUCAGCGAGACAUACCUCAAAUCCAAGCUCCAGCUCAGGAUCCCGGGCUACUUCGUGUACCGCCAGGACGAGGUGACGCCGCAAGGAGAAGCCUACCGUGGACUGGCUGUCCUGGUGAAGAGAACGUUAGUACACCAAGCCGUGGAACCCAAAAGGCUCGACACCCUCUAUGCCCUCGGCGUCGACAUCCAGGUGGGCGGAGGUGAAAUGCGCCUGUACGCCGCAUACCGGGCACCUUCAACACCCCUUCGAGUUCAAGAGGUCCGCGACCUACUGCUCACCGCACCUCCAACAACACCGACGAUCGUAGCGGGUGACCUGAAUGCCAAACACCAGGCCUGGCACAACACCACCAGCAACACCACGGGCAAGCAACUCGUUCACGAUGCCAGCACGUACGGCUAUGAGAUAGCGGGCCCCCGCGAGCCAACACGGCUCGACCCGGUCCGCCCGCAUAGAGAUAGCGUACUGGACAUCGUUGUGUACAGGGGACUGCGAGCGCCUCCAACACAAGAGGUGCUUACGGACCUUCCCUCGGACCAUCCACCAGUCCUACUGGUAUUUAGAGCCCCAAAUAGGCCAGUAGACUGGCACCAACUGCAG